AUGCUGCUCAGAGGAUUAAGAGCCUGCGCUAAGCGUGCCUCGAAGCCGCGCACGACAAACUUGGAUCAAAUUUCGAAGACCACGAAGGAAUUGUUGGAAGGAAGAAGGGCAUUGAGGCUUGAUCCGAAUGCAUCGUAUAUUGAGCGAUUAGUAGCAAACACUAGCUGCAGGAAAGCGUUGCAGGAGGAUCUUUUGAAAUACAGACAGAAGAAGACACAUGACAUCCUACCUUCUGGAAGCAGCACAAAGAAGAACGAGUCCAAAGAAGUGCCAAGGGAUCUCCGCGAAUAUAAUAUUCCGCUAGCAACAUUGCUGAGCGAAGACGGGACUCGCACGUGUUCUCGUCGCGAGAUGGAAAUCAUUACGGAGAGGUUCUACGCGAACCUUUUCCGUUCAUCAACUCCUGUGUCAAGCCCGAUCAUCUCCACUGGUGAAGCUCCACCACAGAAUCUCCCUUCGGAAGUAUGA